CUUUUUCUAGAAAUUAUACUUAGUGUAGCUUAUACGUGUAGCUACGUGUUUCACUAAUUUGCUUAAUUUUCUAUAACACAAUUUCACGCGUUUUCCAGUCAUCGGCGGAAAGAUCACGUCCUUAUUGUAUGGUAUCUAUUUUUCCUUAAUCAUUGUUUUUGACAAUCAGCAGGAAAACCCAUAAUGUCGUCAAAAGCGAUGUGGUUGCCAGAAAUAGUUACAUCACCAUCAACAUCCUCACCCUCACCAACUGACCAGUGUGAGCAACAUGGCCAUUAUGUAACUCAGCUUCUCGUUAUUUCUGGUGUUGCAAUAGUGGUUGGUCUUACCAUUUGCCUGGCUGGUUACAAGCUGUUCAAGCUAAUAUUAUUCCUUACUGGUUUCUUUGUUGGUUUCUUUGCCACUUAUGUAGUUUGUACAAUUUACUUGAAAGAUGAAAUUCAUGGAAAUGCUGCAAAGUACAAAGAUCAGAUUUAUCUUGCCAAUUCUUUUGCUGUUGGAAUGAUUACCGGACUACUAACUCUAUGUUCAUAUUAUCUUGGUCUUUUUGUCUUGGGUGCAACCUUGGGAUGGUUUCUUGGCAUGGCUUUGGUGCCUGUAUUUAGUUCUGAGACAAAUUUCCUUUCCAAAAAUUUGUGGUUGCCAUACUCGAUCAAUGUUGGUUGUGCAGUGUUAUUUGGACUGUUAAUCAUAUGCUUGCAAAAGACAAUAAUUAUUUUAUCAACUGCCUUUUUGGGAUCAUUGUUAUUUACCAAUGGUAUUGACUACUUGGCAGAGAAAGGACGCAUCAUAAAUUUUACUGUCAACAUUUUACACGGCAAAAAUUAUCAACUUCCAAACUGCUGGUAUACUUGGCUCAUAUCGAGUCUCUUGCCAUUGUUAUUUAUUAUUGGAGUUAUUAUACAAUACACAAAGACAAGCAAAGGGUCAGAUCACAGAAUAGCAUCUGGUCGUGUUUUGGUUGUUGAUGCCGAGCAAAUGAUUGAAAUGCAGACAGAGGAUGCUACUCCAUUACUGUCAGCUGAAUACACUUGAUGUUGAGAAGCUUUGUGCUGAAGAAUAACGUGUAUCAUGUGAUUUUGAACUUUGAUAUUCAACAGUUUGAUUUGUCAUAUAGGAGGUUGCUGUUUACCAUAUGUAUGUGGUAUUUCUUAUGUAACAAAUAAAUUUCUUACCAUAAGAA